UGUGCGCAGUCAAUGCUCUGUAGCCUAAAGCAUAUGCAUAACUUUUGUUGCGCUUAGAAAAGAAAGCAAGAGGGGCGAGUUUGUUCUUCGUUUGAAAUGGCAAUCAAGUCAAUUUCCGUGAGUGUCGCUCUGUCGCUCUGUAAAGGAGAGUUUUUGUUUUGAAUGUAUAAAAACUAUAUCACUGUUCUGGUAUCGCAUAGCAUAUUUGUUUUUUAAAAUGCCGGAUUUGGCUCUACAGAUGGUUUUCUGUGUGCUGCUCUGUUCGAUCUCCGGGCGCGCAUCCGCGUGCCCUCUUCGUUGCGAAUGCUCAGAAGCCGCGCACACAGUCAAGUGUGUUUCCAAGUACUUGCGGAGUGUCCCGUCCGGGAUACCAGGGUACACGAGGAAUCUGUUUAUAACGGGAAAUCAGAUCAGCAGAAUUGGACCGGAAUCGUUCAAAGGGCUGGACAAUUUAACGACACUGUCACUGAGUAACAACAGGUAAGAGAAACAUUGCCAAACGAAAAAAAAAAAAAAUUGUAGUUUAGACUACUUUUAGUAGACCCAAGUUUAUAUUUUCCUCAUGAUUUGAAAUAUCAAUGUAUUAUUAUAGCAAACACGUCAUAGAGUUUGUCUAUAUAUUUUUUCUCACACUUUUGAAUGCCUCUUAGCAUGAAACAUUUGAUGAGUAGUGUCCUGUUGUGUUGGGUAAUCUUGAAUCAACCAUGUGAUUACUAUUGUGUUAUUCCUGUAAUUAUAGACCAUGAGUGACUAUACAUCCUCUGCUCCCACUUUCCCUCCCUCCUUGCAGGAUAACAGAGGUAGAGUCUCAGACGUUCUCCGGGCUGCGUUCCCUCCGUUCUCUGGACCUGAGCUCCAACCAGCUGGCUGUCAUCAACCCAGAGGCCUUCACUGUCCCGGGCCACACCCUCAGGGAGCUCAACCUCAGCCGAGCACUCUACAACCACUCCUCUGUCAUGGACCUGGCUACGUCUCUUUGCUGGUCCACACUGGGGGAGCUCCGGACCCUGGACCUGUCAGGGAACAGGCUGAUCUACCUGCCCUCUCACGCCUUCUCCUACCUGGGUGGCCUGCGGAGGCUCAUCCUGGCCAACAACUCCCUGGCGGCCCUCCACAACAGCACCUUAUCUGGGCUGGACUCUCUGGAGCAGCUGGAUCUGACCCUCAACGCUCUGUGGACCAUCCAGGAGGAGGGCCUGGCUGAGCUGGACUCGCUGCCUACCGGGGCGAGUCUCCUUCUAGGGGAGAACCCCUGGACCUGUAUCUGUGGCAUGGAGCCCUUCGCUGCCUGGCUCAACUCCUCCCACGGACAUGUGGGGGACGCAGAGGGCCUGGUGUGUGCCUUCCCCCCAGACAUGAGGAACAUCUCUCUGCUGAGGCUGGCGGCUGGGGUGGCUGGACAGGCUGGCGUGGGCGGGGACAGGGUGGCGCUAGGGUGCCACAGGGUGAAUGAGGGGGCGGACCUGGCCCUCCAGACUUCCUACGUGUUCCUGGGGAUCGUCUUGGGCUUCGUGGGACUCGUCUUCCUCUUGGUCCUCUACCUCAACCGGCAGGGCAUCAAGAAGAGGAUCAAUGACAUGCGGGAAGCGUGCACGGAGGUGUUGGAGGGAUACCGCUACGAGCUCGACUCCGACCCCAGGCUCUCACAGGUCUCCACCACGGCAGACAUUUGA